CGAUGAGAGCCUCUCGCCACCUCGGCUGUAGUCCCGCCGAGAGGCCCCAGGCCCUGGACAUGCGGUGAUCUGAGAACAAGGCAGCCACUGCCACACCUGGACUUCACCAGAUGAGUCUUUGCCGCACAGCCAUGAACACCCACCCCAAGGAGAUGGUGCCCCUCACGGGCAGAAGAGCCACCAUCCCCUUUGUGAACCCUGCCAUCCUGCAGGAGAAGAGGCCGUCAGAGAUCACCCCCACCAAGAAGAGUGCACACUUCUUCCUGGAGAUAGAAGGGUUCGAGCCCAACCCCACGGUGGCCAAGACCUCUCCCCCCAUCUUCUCCAAGCCCAUGGACUCCAACAUCCGGCAAUGUGUCUCUGGCAACUGUGAUGACAUGGAUUCCCCACAAUCUCCUCAGGAUGACGUGACAGAGACCCCGUCCAAUCCCAACAGUCCCAGCGCAAACCUGGCCAAGGAAGAGCAAAGGCGCAAAAAGAAGCGGCUGAAGAAACGCAUCUUCACGGCGGUGUCGGAGGGCUGCGUGGAGGAGCUGCUGGAGCUGCUGGGGGAGCUGCAGGAGCUUUGCAAGCGGCGCCGCAGCAUGGACGUGCCUGACUUCCUCAUGCACAAGCUGACGGCCUUGGACACGGGCAAGACCUGCCUGAUGAAGGCCUUGUUAAACAUCAACCCCAACACCAAGGAGAUUGUGCGGAUCCUUCUUGCCUUUGCUGAGGAAAAUGACAUCCUAGACAGGUUUAUCAACGCUGAGUACACGGAGGAGGCCUACGAAGGGCAGACGGCGCUGAACAUUGCCAUCGAGCGGCGACAAGGAGACAUCACCGCGGUGCUCAUCGCGGCCGGGGCCGACGUCAACGCCCACGCCAAGGGGGUCUUCUUCAACCCCAAGUACCAGCACGAAGGCUUCUACUUUGGCGAGACACCCCUGGCGCUGGCAGCCUGUACCAACCAGCCCGAGAUUGUGCAGAUGCUGAUGGAGAACGAGCAGACGGACAUUGCCUCGCAGGACUCGCGGGGAAACAACAUUCUCCACGCCCUGGUGACCGUGGCUGAGGACUUCAAGACGCAGAACGACUUUGUCAAGCGCAUGUACGACAUGAUCCUGCUGAGGAGCGGCACGUGGGAGCUAGAGACCACGCGCAACAACGACGGACUCACGCCCCUGCAGCUGGCCGCCAAGAUGGGCAAGGCCGAGAUCCUGAAGUACAUUCUCAGCCGUGAGAUCAAGGACAAGCGGCUCCGGAGCCUGUCCAGGAAGUUCACCGACUGGGCAUACGGGCCUGUGUCAUCCUCCCUCUAUGACCUCACCAACGUGGACACCACGACCGACAACUCGGUGCUGGAGAUCAUCGUCUACAACACCAACAUCGACAACCGGCAUGAGAUGUUGACCCUGGAGCCCCUGCACACGCUGCUGCAUAUGAAGUGGAAGAAGUUCGCCAAGUACAUGUUCUUCCUAUCCUUCUGCUUCUAUUUCUUCUACAACAUCACCCUGACCCUCGUCUCUUACUACCGCCCCCGGGAGGAGGAGGCCCUGCCACACCCUUUGGCCCUCACGCACAAGAUGGGGUGGCUGCAGCUCUUAGGAAGGAUGUUUGUGCUCAUCUGGGCCAUGUUCAUUUCUGUGAAAGAGGGCAUCGCAAUCUUCCUGCUGAGACCGUCAGAUCUCCAGUCCAUUCUCUCAGAUGCCUGGUUUCACUUUGUGUUGUAAGUAGGUCUGUCCCCUUGGUCACCACCUCACAGACAAGGCCGAAGUCCUGUAUGAGGACUGCUGUGUCCCUCCGCAAUGGUCACCCUACUGUGUCACCCUGUCCCAGUCCUUAUGCCAAGGCAGGUGGCCAGGGACCUCCUCUCCCUUCUGUUGAGAGGGGCACAGAGGGGAGGACCAGAGAAUGCUGGGACAGUGCCCAGCAUCUGGUCGCAGGGAGAGCUGACUACAGCCUGCCCCAGAGCCCGAGGGGGCAGGCAGCAUAGAGGAAGCAUGUGUACAUUUUAACGAAGGGACAUUCCAGGCCAGUUCCUCCCAGCUGCCUUCUUGGACCCUGGCAGAUCAGGGCUGGAAGGGACUUGAGAAAUCACCAUGUCUGAUCUCAUGAAACUGAGACACAGAUCAGGGAAGUGAAUCACUGAGUCACGCGGAGCUUGGGGCAUGUCGAAGCCAGCCCAGUGUCCCAGUCAUCCUCACCCCAAGCUAGUGUGGGGUCAACUACUGUAGACCCCAGUCAGAAAGCCCAGCUCAGCAGCUUCUCUGAAUGAGGUCAUGUGCAGCUGAUGUCAGAGGAUUACGUAACCCUGUCUCUAUAAAUAACAGAAGGCUGAUUCAGCAUCGUGGCCACAUGAAUAGAACAGGAUCUGCGGCUUGGGGUGAAGCAUGCUGGGCUCCAGGGUUCUGUGGACCCCACCAAAGUCCCUCUUCUGAGCCUUUGGGUGGGUCUAUAGCACCUUGAAUCUUGACCUGAUGUUUCCAAAUACCUAUUUAUUAAUAGCUGUCUUAUUAAGUAGGCAUGUGCCUUCCAGAAGUAUGAACCGAGUUCUCCAUCCCUGUGGGCAGGUGGGGCGCCCCGACAUUGCAGUGAAUGAAUAGGCCAGGUGCAGUACUGCCCAUGGUGCAAGUCACAUGUGAGACUGGCACCUUUGAGAAAGUGUGACGAUCCCAGGGAAAAAUCCAUUUGUCCCGCCGCUGGCUUUGGUGCGGAUGAAAGGCCUUGUCCAGCUCGUCUGCUUCUCUUGUUUUCUUCGUGUGGAGGAAGGUGUUUGACUUGCUUCCUCACUUCAGCACCAAAUACACUGAUCACCCAAAUGUUUGUUUUUCACUGCACAAAAUCAAGGUUGACUGCGUCCCAGCUUUAACUAGUUAUUUCAUAAUCGUGGAGAUUGCCUGAUGCUAUAAGCAAGAGACGGUUUCUAUCCAGAUGUCUGCCUAACUGAUGACAAUGUUUAGGAGUAGGUUUUGAUCUUGUAUGUUUGGUAUAUAUUGUACAUCAAAUUUUUUAAAUUGUGGUUUAAUGCACGUAACAUGAAAGUUAAACCGUCUUAACCAUUUUUAAGUUCAGUGCUGUUAGGUACAUUUGCAUUAGUGUGCAAUCUCCUUUUAGCAUAUCUAUUACAUGGCAUGCCUUGUAGUUUUUAAAAAGACUUCUCAAAGUAGGUUAUGGGGGACUUUUGUUAUGAUUGACGUUUGACUAUACAUGUUGUCAGCUUUGUCAUUUUGAUUAAAAAUGAUAUCUUUCACUGCA